UUGAGUUUUCACCCUGCAGACUGAUAGCAACUACAAAUCUGAUUGCCAUACCGAGUCGUUACUUGAGCCAGCUUCAUCCGAAAUGCCUUAUUCGCUAUGUGUACUUGGUUGUGGAACGAUGGGCGUUGCCAUCUUAUCGGGAGUGAUCGAGUCGCUCAAAACACCAAAGGAUGUCCAACCAUCCUCUUCAGUCCCUCAAACUCCCACAGCUGAAUCUGACCCUGAUGUGGAUGCGCCAACGGAGGACUCGAUCCCGAACCGUUUUGUUACGUGUGUUUCGCGACCGGAAUCAGCUCGGAAGUUGAAGAAACGUUGGUUAGAGUUGGGCAGAGAAGAUAUUGAGGUCCGAGUGUCCGAUAAUGUUCGGGGUGUAGCCGAAUGCGAUGUGAUACUUCUAGGCUGCAAACCUCAGAUGGCGAAGGACGUUCUAGGUGCACCUGGCAUGCAGGAAGCACUGUCCAACAAACUACUGAUUUCAAUCCUCGCUGGUACGACGACCAGCCAGCUUCGAUCAUUUGUACCCUCCAGUACUCGGGUAGUCAGAGCAAUGCCCAAUACUCCAUGUCAAAUCCGAGAAGGAAUGACGAUCUUAUCAGCUCUAUCCCCGGAUUGCUCAUUUACUACUCAAACUCGCGCAAUCCUUCUUGCACUAUUUACGCCCAUCAGUCGCUGUCGUUUUUUGGACGAGAAGCAUUUUGAUGCCUGUACUGCCGUUUCUGCCUCCGGGCCGGCCUUCUCAUUGGUAAUACUUGAGGCCAUUGCCGAUGGAGGGGUAAUGAUGGGACUUCCCAGGGCUGAGGCAUUGGAAUUAGCUGCUCAAGCCAUGCAAGGCGCAGCACGAAUGUCGCUGCAAACUGGUUUACAUCCGGCUGCUCUGAAGGACAGUGUGACAACCCCUGCUGGCUGUACCAUCGCAGGCCUCUUGGCAAUGGAGGAUGGUCGCAUCCGUAGCACAAUAGCUAGGGCAAUUCAAACUGCCACCUUACACGCUGCUGGGUUAGGAGGCGCCCCUAAACCAUCUCUUAAAGACUGAGCUUUGUUUUUCUUGUCUCGGUGAAAUUGUGGAUUGUAUUUCUUGGGCAUGAAGUCAUUUUGUCAAUGAGUGCCAUUUGCAAUGACCUAAGUCUCGCGAUGACACUUAUAUCCUACAGAUGAUCCUACAAAGGCUGGUGUCAACAUCCUUUCACGGUCAAACACUCCGCUUGUUAUAUUUCCUGUUUGUAAAGCGAAUACAUGGUUCAAACAGCCCUUACGGG